AUGGCUUCUUCUCAGCCAGCAGUAGAUGAUGACACGCAGUUACAAAUGGUGGUACUUAAGGCACUAACGUCAUUGUACCAACCACAGUUAACAAACUUGCAGGAAAUGCAGGCAGCCGAUGCAUUUCUUCGUGGUUUCCAACUCACACCCGCGGCCUUUGACGUCUGUGCGUCAUUAUUGGAUCAAUUGGUACUAACUUGUGUUACUGGGACAAUUGCUCCGGACAGUGUGCCCGUGGUAUUUUUUUCAGCACAGACAUUGGCCAAUAAGCUGCGUCGUCAAUAUUCGACUUCAAUGUUGGACUGUAAUUCUUGGACACAACGAAUCGUAACCUGGUUAUCCUGUCGCCCCAAGUUACCGAAAAUAGUGGUUACACAGCUAGUACUCGCCCUUGUCGCAGUCUUACCACGGCUUCAAAUCCAAGAUCUGAAGGCUCAAACUACUUCCAAUACGGUCGUUUGCUCUAGUCAACUUGUAACGGUGAUUCAGGAAAGUUGCGUCCAGUGCAAUGGCCAUAGUGUUGUGGGGUACGCUCUGUUACAUUUGGUUUAUUCUGGUGUAACCACGACGGUCUUGGCGGAAUUGCUACUGCUCAUAGUCGAGGAAAUAGACACAUUGACUGGACGCAAUGCUCGACAAAGAAUGCAGGACGAAGUGGACGCGUGGGCUCCACUGAUGCUGGACAGAUUGCUGCCUCAAUUGAUGCAUGAGGCCAGUAACCAGGAAAAGGACAGUUUUUUGGAUACAGUGGAGACCCAGGAGACAGUAUUGCGCACACUAACCAGUUGGUUACGCUGCGUCCAAGUAACAUCCGCCGUCGUGGUACGUAACCCGCUACUGCACUCGUUGCUGAGCUUUUUAGCUCGCGACGAAUUGUUCGAUGCAGCAGUAGAUUUAGCCGUGGAACUAGUGAGGUCAUACUCGCACGACAAAGUGGUGGUACAAUGGGUAGCUCCCAGGUUAUUGUCAUUGAGAGGAGCAUUUCAGUCCGCAGCAGAACGAGAAGAUGUGGAUUCGUGUUUAGGACUUUGUCGUAUAUUCACCGAAAUGGGGGAGUCGUAUUUGGAGCUGCUUUUGCAAGAAAAUGGAGAUGGCAACGACACUGUAACCUUGGUGGACUUGCUGCUAGAUUGUAUGAGUUACCCUGACGCAGAAGUGGCUGAUGUGACGAUUCCUUUCUGGUUUCGACUGUUGGCAGAGCUGCAACGUCAUGUCGCAUCUGCUCUUCUGACGCAGUACAACCUAAGACUUGAGAGGCUGGCAGGGCUAUGUAUGAAAAAGCUGCAAUUCCGAGACGAGUUCCUGAAUCUGCCUGCCGACACACAACAGGACUUUAAGGCGUUUCGACUGGAGCUUAGUGACAUUCUACGCGAUUGCUGUCAGUUGCUUGGUGUCGAGACAAUUCUUCAGCAUUGCGUGAACGGACUAAAUCAGAUAUUCCAGACAGGUGCUGAAUCAAAACGCUGGGAGGCGGUGGAGGCUCAUUUGUAUUGUUUCCGUUCUAUUGCGCGCGAGGUUGAGAAGAGCAAAAGUAAUGCCGAGUCUUUGGACGCACCGAUUACUUUGAUUUUCCAGCAUUUGCGACAGUUUGCUGACCACCCGGCGAUUUGCUACACGUCAUGUCUGAUUGUGUCGCGUUAUGCGGUAUGGUUGCGCAUGCACCCUACGUUACUCUCAACUCAGGUGGAAUUUCUAAACGUUUGCGUGACAAUGAGUGCAGAAGACCCGCGGUACGCAGAGUGGGAGGUUGCACGAGCUGCUGCUACAGCCGUUCGUGCUCUGGCUAUAGAUUGCUGGGCGAUGCUUGGGGAGAAUAUUGUUGCGUUCUACCUGCACAUCGAGCAGCAUGAGGUCAUGGUUGUUGAUGACCAGGUGCUGAUCCUUGAAGGCGUUUGUGCUGGUGUGGCAGGCUCUGGAGAUAUGCAGCGUAUUGUUUUCGUCUUGGAUCAAGUCAUGAAGGGUGUUGGCCAGCGACUAACUACCUUGUUUGCCUCAACAUCUGCUAAGGAACACGUACAGGUUGCAUUGAACGAGCUAUUGCGACUCAUGUGUAUUUACGAAUACCUCGAUAUACCAGCCACAACGCUUCAGAGGGAAAAGCAUCCACUGGUGAUGCUCACGGAGCAGUUGUGGCCACUCAUCAACAAGAUGCUUGCGUUGUAUCGUGGUCAUGACGAGCUGGUCGAGCGUGUAUGCCGUUGUUACAAGCGCAUUCUACGUACGUGUGGCGAGCACAUUGUGCCUUUGCUUCCGCAGCUUGUUGACAACCUGCUGGCAUUUUACCAAGCAGAGCCUAAAUCCUCAUACCUCUACACUGCUAGUAUGGUGUUGAAGUUUUUCUCUUCUGGCAACAGCAGCAUAAUGAGGAUGGAUGCCCUGUUCGAGCGUAUGCUCUUCACGUUAAUUGAGGUGACGACUCCUAUUUUUGCGAGUGUAAAAGACAUGGAAGCGCGUCCAGAUGUCGUGGAAGAGUUCUUUUUCCUCAUGGAGCGUGCCGUGCGAUUGGUGCCGCAAGUAUUGGCUGCUCCUGUUUCCACUUCAUCACAAACUCGGCCACUGAUAGCGAACGUAUUUUCGUGUGCGGUGUCAGCGCUGAAUAUCUCACACAACGAUGCCAAUAAAGCAGUGUUAUGCUUUUUGGAGCACGUCUUCAAGCAGUCUCAGGCUAACAACUCGCUCGUGAAACUUACUUUAUUCUGUGCAUCUGAUAGUGGAGAGCAUGAGACCAGCAACAAGAUGUUGAUAAAUUACCUGAUGCGGGGUGUUGUUCUAGGCACCAUGUCGCCUUCUCGCGUAGAUGCCGACUACGGAUCAGUGGCAGGAGUAAUGGUGCAACUUGCAAAGGUUAAUGGCCCGCAGCUUCUGCACUGGAUCACAGAAUGGUUUGAGCAGGCUACAGUAGGGACAUUUGCAACCGCAGCAGUGAAUUUUCUCACCCCAGACGAGACACAAGAGUUUCAAAGCGAACUCUCUAGUGCUGCGAGUGAACGUGCAUUCCGACGCACUGUUCGUCAUUUUGGCAAGCUUUGCGCUUCUCGGAAUACAUCACUCAAGAAUUGCGAUCAAUAG